GUUUGCUCGCCGACAGCAGCUUAGUGAAGAUGGAGUUGAGAGUGGGGAACCGAUACCGGCUGGGCAGGAAGAUCGGGAGCGGGUCGUUCGGAGACAUCUACCUCGGUACUGACAUCUCAGUCGGAGAAGAAGUCGCCAUCAAGCUGGAAUGUGUGAAGACUAAGCACCCACAGCUCCACAUCGAGAGCAAGAUCUACAAGAUGAUGCAGGGCGGAGUUGGAAUCCCGACUAUCAAGUGGUGCGGGGCCGAGGGCGACUACAACGUGAUGGUGAUGGAGCUGCUGGGGCCCAGUCUGGAGGAUCUGUUCAACUUCUGCUCCCGCAAGUUCAGUCUGAAGACGGUGCUGCUGCUGGCCGACCAGAUGAUCAGCCGAAUCGAAUACAUCCACUCCAAGAACUUCAUCCACAGAGACGUGAAGCCGGAUAACUUCCUGAUGGGUCUAGGGAAGAAGGGAAAUCUGGUCUACAUCAUCGACUUUGGUCUGGCCAAGAAAUACCGUGACGCCCGCACACACCAGCACAUCCCCUACCGCGAGAACAAGAACCUGACCGGCACGGCCCGCUACGCCUCCAUCAACACACACCUGGGCAUCGAGCAGUCCCGGCGGGACGACCUGGAGUCCCUGGGAUACGUCCUCAUGUACUUCAACCUGGGCUCUCUGCCCUGGCAAGGCCUCAAAGCCGCCACCAAGAGGCAGAAGUACGAGCGGAUCAGUGAGAAGAAGAUGUCCACGCCCAUCGAGGUUCUCUGCAAAGGCUACCCCUCGGAGUUUGCCACCUACCUGAACUUCUGCCGCUCUCUGCGGUUCGACGACAAGCCCGACUACUCGUACCUCCGCCAGCUCUUCAGGAACCUGUUCCACAGACAGGGCUUCUCCUACGACUACGUCUUCGACUGGAACAUGCUCAAAUUCGGCGCCAACAGAGCCGGCGAGGAGGCAGAGCGGGAGCGCCGUGAGCGGGAGGAGAGGCUGAGGCACAGCAGGAACCCCGGGGCCAGGGGCCUGGCGUCGGGCUCCGGACGGGCCCGGGCAGCCCAGGACGCCGCAGCCCCCUCCCCACUGAACCCCGCCUCCCACACAGGAAUGGAGAAGGAGAGGAAGGUGAGCAUGCGUCUCCAUCGCGGAGCGCCGGUCAACAUUUCCUCCUCAGACCUGACGGGACGCCAGGACACGUCGCGCAUGUCCACCUCACAGGCGCUGUCCCGGGUCACGCCCAGCGGGCUCCAGUCUGCAGCUCCUCGGUGAAACCCCCCCACCUGCCCACCACGGAGGCCUCAACAUGCACCACCUGCAGCAGCACACUCUGUCACACACAUAUACACACCUACACACACACAUACACACACACACACUGACACACCCAUCAACAGGACUCUGAAAGGCACACUUGACCACCAACACACCACCUGACUGUGUUUCUGUUCCGCUGACAGAAGAGGCGUGCGACCAGGGAGUGAGUGUGUGUGUGUGAGUGUGUGUGUGUGUGUGUGUGUGUGUGUGAGGGAGGGAGGGAGGGAGGGACUAGCAGGUGGAGCUCAGUUUGGUUGCCUUAACGACCAUCUUGGCAGAGUAGUGGCCACAGCAGCUCUUCUUCUUCCUCCUCUUUUUCUUACUCCUCCUCCUCCUCUUUCUCCUCCUCCUCUCCGAUGAUGAAGCCAUGGGUUCACUUUUCUCUGGCAUCUUUUAUCGUCUCACUUUUUACUCUUUAGCAUUAAAGUUCCUCCUGCACCAGCUGUGAGCCGCAGAAGGUCUGAAGCGGAGCGACGCGUCUCUCCGAUGCUGAAGACGUCGUCUCCCUCACCGCAGCCGGAGCGCUGCGUUCUGUAAUAUAUUUAAAAUCCCACAAUUUAACACGUUCAUUUUUUUUUUUUUUGGUGUUUUGAGGUGUAUAGUUACUGGUAGGAUAACCUGGGAGAGGCCUGUCGUUUUAAAAGCUGAGUCCGCGGGUCUGGAGACACCGGGACGUAAAUCCAAAACCACACAUCAUGUUUAGUUUGUGUGUUCACGCCGCGGCGGCGGCGGCGAAAGCUGUGAACGGGGCGGUCGGGAGCCGACGUUUUUAAACCCGGAGCGUAGUGAUGUGUUUGUGUAUCCGUGUGGUUCUGUCUUAGGGUUUCACACUCGAGGGGUCGGGAUGAACGUGUUGAGCUUUUCUUUUUUCUUUAGUGACGUCUCCAUCGUUAGCCUCAGUCUAGACCCGGCGUCUGCUCGCAACAGCCAGCUCCAGCGCAGCCUUUUUUUUUUUUGUUUCUUUCAAGCGUGAUUGGUUCAUUUUCUACCUCGACUUCUUGUAUCCCUCGUGAUCAGUUUAAUCAGAAGAUCCUGGACGUGCCACCAACAAUCCCACUUCAGUAGAAGCUGCGCAAAAACCUUUGGAAAACUACAGGAGCAACUUCUUAGUCAUGAUCCGAUCAAAAGUUAAAAUUUGGGACCUUCACUGCAAAAACUCAAAAUCUUAACAGGAAUAUUUGUCUUAUUUCUAGUUAAAAUGUCUCAUUUAUUGUCAAAAAACUUAAAACAAGACUCAUCACUGGAAAAAAAACAACAAUUUUCACCUGUUUCAAGUAGAUUUUCACUUAAAAUAAGUAGAAAAAUCUGCCAGUGGAACCAGAUUU